AUGGGUAGAAAGAAAGUGAAAUUAGCAUUCAUAGAAAAUGCCUCUUCUAGGAGAGUUUCACACACAAAACGAUCACAUGGGUUAGCGAAAAAGACUCAAGAAAUGAGUGUAUUAUGUGACGUUGAUGCUUGUGCUAUCAUAUACGGAAAAGAUGAGCAGGUUCCAGUGGUGUGGCCUUCGUCUGAAACCGAAGUAAGACGAAUUAUCAACAAUUACAAAAGUAAAUAUGGGAUAGGUCAAUCAUCGGAAAGGCAAUUAGAUCAACAACUAUUGCUAAACCAAACUGUUAAGAAGACUCAAGAGAAGUUGGCAAGAAUUCAAAGGAAGAAUCGAGAGUUGCAAAUGGAAAAUAUGGCCACCGAUAUAAUGACUGGGAAAUCUACACUUGAUCAAGUCGCCCCGAACGAUUUAGGCGACUUGAUUUGGGUACUAGAGGAUAGAAUGAAGGCUAUUAAGUAUCGUAUUUGUAAUUGGGAAAAUAAUAGCAACAAUCCUCAUUUUCUAAACCCAAAUGCUAACCAUGGUGAUGGGAUGAUGGAGGCUAGUACGUCAAGGAAUUGUCAUACUAGUGGAUGA